AUGUCAUGUGAGCAGAAGUCGUCGGUUGGCACGGUGUAUUUUUCGGAUGACAUGAACGAUGCGAAGCAUCUUGUCGAGGAGGUUCUGGCGCGAUUUUCUGCACUGAUUGAAGAAUCGGAUGAUGCUCAAAAAUCCAAGAUCCAGUCUACGAUCGGUUUGAAAAUUGAGGAGUUGAAGGCGCACUUAUCUAUAUUGGAUGCCACAGCGAAGGAAUGACAUUUUUCACUAUUUCAUCUCGCGAGGACUCGUGUUUAUUUUGCGCGCGUUUUUAGAGAUUGAAAUCGGUCCAUGUGCGGCAAUUUUGAUAAGUUUCGGAAGUGAUUCUAGUUUUUUGUGUCAACCCAGAGCUUUUGAACGAUUCUUGUAUAAAAGCUAAUUUUUAAACGAAGAUA